AUGGACAGCAUCCUGAUGGUCAAGAGCGAGAUCGAGAGCUACGCGGGGCAGCCCGCGGUGCUGGGUGGCGGCGGCGGCGGCGAGGUCGUGGUCAGGAGGAGGAGGAGGGAGCCCACGCUCGGGCCGGUCGGCGGCGGCAUCGGCAAGGCGUCCCUGCCCGGCGUCGCCGUCAAGAGGAGCUCCCGGUUCCGUGGGGUGAGCAGGCAUCGGUGGACGGGCCGCUACGAGGCGCACCUGUGGGACAAGAACUCGUGGAACCCCACGCAGAGGAAGAAGGGCAAGCAGGUGUAUCUUGGAGCGUACGACGAGGAGGAGGCAGCGGCGAGGGCCUACGACCUGGCUGCUCUCAAGUACUGGGGCGCCACCACCUACACCAACUUCCCGGUCAUGGACUACGACAAGGAGCUCAAGAUCAUGGAGACCCUCACCAAGGAGGAGUACCUGGCGUCGCUAAGGAGGAAGAGCAGCGGCUUCUCCAGAGGCGUGUCCAAGUACCGCGGCGUCGCCAGGCACCACCAGAACGGACGAUGGGAGGCGAGGAUCGGGCGCGUCUUCGGGAACAAGUACCUCUACCUCGGCACCUACGGCACGCAGGAGGAGGCGGCGCGCGCCUACGACAUCGCGGCCAUCGAGUACAAGGGCGUCAACGCCGUCACCAACUUCGACCUCAGGUCCUACAUCACGUGGCUCAAGCCCCCCGUCGCCGGCCCGGCGGCGCUCGCCGACCACCUCCUCGCCGGCAUGCACACGCAGCUCCCUCCCAGCCCCGUGGAGCACGAGCGCUUCCUCCCGGCCGAGGCCCACAUCAUGCUCCCUCCCACGACGGCGGCGGCGGCCCCGGGCAGCCCUUUCAUCCUCGACCACAGCGCGGCGGCGCUCGGUGGCGGCCUGAGGAGGAGGAGCUCGUCGUCGUCCUCGUCCACGGCGCUCAGCCUGCUGCUCAAGUCGACCAUGUUCAAGCAGCUCGUGGAGAGGAACGACCCGGAUUCGCCGCAGGGCACGGGAGGGUGCGCGGAUCGCGUCGGGGAGCUGCCGGCGGGGGAAGGGUCGUACGAGUACCGCGACUUCUUCCAUGGGGUUUCUUCCGACGUGUGCGGCCUCUUCUCGUCGCCAAGCAACGCUUGUGGCAACAAUGCGGGGUUUCAGGGGGCCGCCGUGGCGUCGUGCUACGGUAGCGGCGAGAGGAUGACACCGACGACGACGCCCUGGGAUGGGUUUGGGGACAUUGCGGCGCUACAAUAG